UAAAUGGCCAACCGUCUCCUCCUAACAAUAAAUCCAAUAGUAGCUCUUUAAACACUCAUAGCCCUGUUCCAUUCUCCCAGCUGUGCCCAACCACGUGCAAUAGUAGAUUGUGCUAAUAUUAAACCCCAUCUUCGUACGUAACGCUCAAAAAUCCAAUCUUUAGAUCUAUAUUUAGCUGCACAAAUCUUGUACUGUUUCUGUUCCACUUGCACAUCACACAAUGGAAACUUGCAUCUAUCAUCAGCUCAAAUCUCAGCCUUUUUGGCUUCUUUUUCUUCUUUCUUUAGGUUCUUUAAAAAUCUUAUGCUUUUCAAUCAUCUUUCUCAAAUGGGUCUAUGUUAAUUUCCUUAGACCUGGCAAAAAUCUCAAGAAAUAUGGGUCAUGGGCACUUGUUACUGGGCCCACUGAUGGUAUAGGAAAAGGCUUUGCUUUUCAAUUAGCUAGAAAAGGACUUAAUUUAGUUCUUGUGGGUCGUAAUCCUGAUAAAUUGAAAGACGUUUCUGAUUCAAUUAAGGCUAAGUAUGGACAAAUCCAGAUUAAAUCAGUGGUUGUUGAUUUUUCUGGUGAUUUGGAUGAAGGGGUUGAGAAGAUUAAGGAGACAAUUGAAGGGUUAGAUGUUGGUGUUUUGAUUAAUAAUGUUGGGGUUUCGUAUCCUUAUGCUAGAUUUUUUCAUGAAGUGGAUGAUAAGUUAUUGGCUGAUUUGAUUAAAGUUAAUGUGGAAGGGACUACUAAGGUUACUCAAGCUGUUUUGCCUGGUAUGUUGAAGAGGAAAAAAGGUGCUAUUGUUAAUAUUGGUUCUGGUGCUGCAAUUGUUAUCCCCUCUGAUCCCCUUUAUGCUGUUUAUGCUGCUACUAAAGCAUACGUUGAUCAGUUCUCUAGAUGCCUGUAUGUAGAGUACAAGAAGAGUGGGAUUGAUGUGCAAUGUCAGGUGCCGUUGUAUGUGGCAACAAAAAUGGCGUCGAUCAAAAGAUCUUCAUUUUUUGUUCCCUCGACUGAUGGUUAUGCUCGGGCUGGCCUGCGAUGGAUAGGUUAUGAGCCAAGGUGUACGCCUUACUGGCCCCAUUCUCUUCUGUGGGGUUUGAUAUAUUCAUUGCCAGAGUCGAUUGUUGAUGCUUGGCGCCUGAAGUUUUGCAUGGGAAUUCGGAAGAGGGGGCAGAUGAAAGACUCCAGGAAGAAGGAAUAGAAAGCACCUUCCUCACCUCAUCCCUUAUCUUUGAGUCUGAAUAGCUGAAUUCCUAUCUUCUUCUUUCUGUUCCUGUUUCCAAUUGGGUAAUGCUAAUUCUGAUAAUGCAACAAGAAGGUUGGUCUUGUUCUUAUUAAACAAGCCUGAUCUCGUUCUUGUGCGUUCUUAGCUGUAGGUUGUUUGAAUCAAGAGUAGUCCAAAAGAAAUUCGAGUUCUCAGAUCUCUAUUAUGUCUAGCCAAAAGAACCAUUUUCCAGGGCAAGUAAUUGAGAAUGAUUCUGUUUGUAUUUGUUCUUUGAGUUUGAUGUUACAGGAUGAGAUUUAAUCUUGGUGUUUGCUUAUUUGAACCAAUGAAUUACCUUAUGUUUUAAUAUAUAACAGAUAAUUCAUUGUUUUGAA